GGCUGGAAGCUGAGAGGGUUUAAGUAAUCACCUGCAGUUGAAUUGAGACUCGGAUGGGAAGUAGGAAGUGCUGUGCUCAAGCUUCCUGUAUAAGUAAAUGCAGCUUUCCCACAGCUACUGCAUACAAGCUGUGACGUGCUUUUAAGAUAUAAUGGCAGCAUGCUCUUAAUAGCAGGGAGGGGAUGAUUUAUCAGAGUGGCAAAGGGGCUGGGAGACAAGUCCUGCUGCAGUCCUAAAAAGUGUACAGCUGUCAGAUACCCGGCGAGGAGGAAGGGCGUGCGAGAGCAAUCUGCCUCCGCUGCUGGUUGCGAGCUUUAGAGGUUUGUGACAUCGUGGUUCUUGGGAAUGCUGGAGUCUGAGUGCAGCUACUGAAAAGUCACACAGCUGGCAGUGAAUGCUGCUUUCCUUUCAAGGCUGAGCGGACCGUUAAUGAUUAAAUGGGCUCUGCUGGGAAGGCUUGUCCUCACACCAUGACAGCUGAUGAGUCAGAAGCUGGAGAGUUAGCUCUGGAGCCCCUGCUCACUUGCAAGCUAUGUCUCUGUGAAUAUUCCCUGGAUAAGAUGACCACUCUUCAGGAAUGCAGCUGCAUCUUUUGUACAUCGUGCCUAAAACAGUACAUGCAGCUGGCAAUUCAAGAAGGCUGUGGUUCUCCUAUCACGUGUCCAGACAUGGUAUGCUUGAACCAUGGGACCCUACAAGAAGCAGAGAUUGCAUGUUUGGUGCCUGUUGACCAGUUUCAGUUAUACAAGAGGCUGAAGUUUGAACGAGAAGUCCACUUGGACCCCCAGAGAACAUGGUGCCCUGCAGCUGACUGCCAAACGGUGUGCCAUAUUGCACCGAGCGAGUCAGGAGCGCCGGUGCCAGUGGAGUGCCCAGCUUGCCACCUGACGUUCUGCUCCUCUUGCAAGGAGGCAUGGCACCCGCAGCGCCUAUGCCAGGAAAACCAAACUACUCCAGUACCAACUGAGGAGGGAUCACUUAUUGGAACAGGGACAGAGGCACCAAUUAAGCAGUGCCCAGUCUGUCGGAUCUAUAUUGAGCGAAACGAGGGCUGUGCUCAGAUGAUGUGCAAGAACUGCAAGCACACGUUUUGCUGGUACUGUCUACAGAACUUGGAUAAUGAUAUCUUCUUAAGACAUUACGACAGAGGCCCUUGCAGAAACAAGCUGGGCCACUCGCGGGCUUCGGUGAUGUGGAACAGAACACAGGUUGUGGGGAUCCUCGUUGGACUAGGUAUCAUAGCAUUGGUGACCUCUCCCUUGCUGCUUGUGGCAUCUCCAUGCAUUAUCUGCUGCAUUUGCAAAUCUUGCCGAAGCAAAAAGAAAAAACACAGCCCGCCAACAACCUAAAACUCUGCGUCUGUUUGAGCCUCCAUCUGUACAGCAUAUGUAUGUGAGAAAGCACAAUGGUUGUAUUUUGGUGCCAUACCUACCAAAUAAUACUCCCUUUUUUGCCAAUUCUUGGGAUAAGUGCCUAUUCUUUACAGGCUACUCUAUCACUAACAAAUCCCAGUGUGGGAAAAGUCUAGAUAAUUCUGCACUACAUAUGGUAUAAGGUUUUGUUUUAUAAAAGGAAAAUGGCACACCAUUCAGUAGUUCAUACCCUUAAAUAUGAGCCACCUUUUGAGACUGCUAGAACUUUACCAUCUUCCGUCAGCUGAACAUGACUUGGUCCUGCAGUACUACUCUGCAGACUCAGUCAUUACUGUCAUGCUUUCUGUCGGCUCUUGGUGACAUUCAGAUUUCUGAGAAAAUUUGGGGUAUUUUAUAAAAGGGGGAGAGGGAAAAGCCUGAUGAAGUUCUUCUGCCUGCUAGCUUGUGUCCCGUUAAAGGUAACAAACUGUUAAGAAAAUAUAUUUGACAGUUUCCUGUCAACUGGCUGCCAUGGCAUUUCUUUCAGCAUUGAAAUCAAUUUGAUUUAUACUAUUGAUCUCAAUUACAGAAGUAAAAACCAACAAAUCUAUUUAAAACUAAGAUAGGGUUAUCUUUUGAGAGACUGGAGUACCUUGAGAAAGCUGUUAUUUUUUCAGAUCAAACAUGACAUAUCUACCUUGAAAUAUUAGGAGCAUGCAUAUUUCCCUGCCUUUUGUCAGUAACAUGGGCGUAGUAAACUCACCAUGAAGCUAAUAUUUUAAGAAAGGCCAUGCUACAGCUCCUAUUUUGUGCACGGUAUUGGCGUCUUGGUUGUGCAUAUAUAGAGUGGCCGCAUGUGCAUGGAUAUACCGAGUACGUAAUGGACAGUUAAUUUUCUACAGUAUAUUUUUUCAACAGUUUACAUGGGGUGGCAGCAAGAACCCUGUCAAAAACUGACUCAGACCAGGCUAAGCCAAACCCUCCUUUAAACCUUAUGGACCUGCUGAAGUGAAUAGUUGAGAAAUGCUGCGUAAACGUAAGCUCCAUCCAUUGGUGGGUAUUUCUUCUGUCCCGCUCAAGGUUAACAAACUCUGUUACCGAUAAUUUUUAGUUACUCUGAAUCUGAAAGGCUGUCAUUUAAUGAACGCUUCAUUUUAAUUUGGUGCCUCACCACCAAACUGAUUCAGACGCUGGUAUCAGUUACAUCUGUGUAAGUUCACUGAAACCUCGCUGAAGAGCUGGAGUUACUCCAGGCUCUGCUCCCUGGAGUUUAUUUCCGUAAUGGCUGGUGCUCCUCACAACCCUGGCUGGUGGCAGCUUUUGUUCUGAACUCCCAUCUGUGCAUUUUAUAUCUGUGGGAAUUGAUAUGAGUUUGCACUAUAUAAUCCGUUGUAAUUCCAAACCCCUUUCGAUAAGGGCUGCAAGGUUUAAAUGAGAUGCCCAGCCUGAGCGUCGUGUCGGGCUCACCUCUGCCGGUCUGCCCUUCUCCGUGCACACAGUGCGAGGCACCCGAAGAGUGCUGCGAAGAGCGUCUUUGCUAUUGCGUUUGGCCGAGCCUCAGGAACUUUGCCUUCUUGGCAGCCAUAAAUGUGACCUUUUUUUUGUUUAACUUCGCUCUCUGGUUACUGUAACAGAAGUGGUAGAUGUUCUUCUUUUAAGAAAGUGUAGUCUGUUGAGCAGACUAGCAGGGACAAAGGCCUUAAAUGAUAUUAUCUGUUUUACUUUUUAAUUGAUUUCUUUCAUAAAUACUGUCUGACUUUGCUACCAGUUAUGACUGGAGGGCAGGCAGUGCUCACCAGUGUGAAAGGCUAUAUUUAUUCUCCAUCCACAGCUUCAAAGGGAAGCAGAAAGGUAGUCAGUACAUUCUAAAUACAGAGUGCAAUGCAGGCAACUGCCAUUUAUAAUAAAUAGAGAAUGUU